CGUCGGGAAAUGCAUAAAGUGUUCGUUUCCGGAUUGUGAGUUUGACAACAUGUACACAAAUUAAUAUUGUUUUUCUGAUAGAUUGACUCUUUGCAUUUACGCGAAAUUACUUUCCCUCGAUUCCAGGAGCCCUAGUGAAAUGAUGGGAACUAUGUCGUAUUUAUUGCGGCGUGGUCUACCAUGACUGUAAAUUUAGCUUUACGAUUGAUACAGAAGUCGUCUGCUUGGCAGCUUCCGUGGUUGACGGCAGAAGAGGAGUUUCAACGGGCUUUCAUCGUAGAUCUGUUUGGUUCCUUCAGAAAUAACAAUGAAGCACAACAUAUGCAUGGUGUCUGACUUCUUCUACCCCAACAUGGGAGGAGUUGAGAGUCACAUAUACCAGCUGUCUCACUGCCUCCUGGAACGUGGACACAAGGUUAUUGUCAUUACCCAUCUCUAUGGCAACAGACGAGGAGUCCGAUAUCUCUCCAGUGGUUUAAAGGUGUACUACUUGCCGUUCCCCCCUUUCUACAACCAGUGCAUACUGCCCACCAUCUACACCACCUUCCCCUUACUGAGGAAUAUAUUCAUUAGAGAAAAGAUUUCAAUAGUUCAUGGACAUUCCGCGUUCUCCACCUUGGCGCAUGAGGCCAUGCUGCAUGCACGCACGCUGGGGCUGAAGACCGUGUUCACCGACCACUCGCUGUUUGGGUUCGCAGAUGCCAGCUCAAUUCUUACAAACAAAGUGCUGAAGUUUUCUCUAGCUGACUGCAACCACGUGAUAUGUGUCUCCUACACCAGUAAAGAGAACACAGUGUUGAGAGCUCGGAUCAACCCAGAACUUGUAUCAGUUAUACCUAACGCGGUGGAUGCUACCAUGUUUAUGCCGGACCCAACCAAGAGGAACCCAGAUAAAAUCACAGUGGUGGUCGUCAGUCGCCUGGUAUAUAGGAAGGGCAUGGACUUCCUGGUGGGUAUCAUCCCCCAGAUCACAGCCAGAUACCCAGACGUGCAGUUUAUCAUAGGGGGAGACGGGCCGAAGCGGGUUGUUCUGGAGGAAGUGAGAGAGCAAUAUGAACUUCACGACCGGGUCACUCUGCUAGGUCCACUCAAACACGACCAAGUUCGGGGCGUUCUUGUUCAAGGGGAUAUAUUGCUGAAUACGUCCCUGACUGAGGCAUUCUGUAUUGCCAUAGUGGAGGCAGCAUGCUGUGGGCUUCAGGUCGUAAGUACGAGAGUCGGGGGUGUUGGGGAGGUGUUGCCCCCUGAUCUCAUCUACCUGGCAGAACCCAAUGUCAAAGCUCUGGUCGAGGAACUUGAAAGAGCAAUCAAGGACAAAAAACAUGGCAGAGUUGUCUCCCCUCACGAAGCACACGAGAGAAUUCAGGACCUUUACACAUGGCGCAAUGUUGCAAAGAGAACAGAAGUAGUGUACAAUACAGUUAGCCAGAAGCCAACACGAGACCUUCCUGAUCGACUUUUGAGGUACUACCAGUGUGGCCCACUGUCCGGGAAGCUGUUUGUGAUUGCUGCUGUCCUCAAUGUAGCAGUCUUGUGGAUUCUGCAGUGGUUGUGGCCCGAUAAUACAAUAGAGCCUGCCCCUGUAUUUUCAACACCUGUUCCAUGGAAGAAGACAAGAAGAUGAUAUUGCAACCGUCAUUGUAAAAUUUGAAGUAUAUAUAAGUUAUCACAUCAGGGUGUUUGACAAACUGGUACGAACAAGACAUAAAGAUAUGCAUAUGUUGCAUUAUAGACUUACAUCUAGUCUCUGAAAUGAACAUCUUUUUUCAGAAAAAAAGUUGUUAAAUUAUCUUAAUAAAAUAUAAUAAAAAGAAGCCCAGAGACUCUUCAUUUUCAGAAACUGCAAUAUUCUAGACCUGCCCACUAUAAUAGACUUGCAUGAGCUGUGUUGGAUAUAUUUGUUUCAGAGUCUAUAUGACAGGCUAUUGGAUAGCAGGCUAUUGGUGUUAUAUUGCCCAUGUCACCUCUAGAUUGCAAUGCAUGGAUAAAGUGAUAAUUAUCUUAAUAUCUAUUGCAAUCACCCAGUACUAUUAUCUUUUUUAUGUAAACCAGUAUAUAUGUUACAUACAAUAAAUUAUUAUUUUCUUAUAUAUA